AAUAUGCCCCCGCGCCCACCCGCCUGUCGUGCUGCUUGAGCUCCCGCAUCUUGGAGCCAUCUUCACUGCUGCCACUCGCUACCACUGCACUCAAUCAUCUAGUCUCGAGUGCGACGGCCACCUCAUGCGCGGGGCUUUCGAGCCUGGUCCGCCUCCGACACCGCUAUCAAGAUGAAACCAAGCACUGUGCUAACAAUCCUGUACGGCCUCAAUCUCGUCACCGCCCUCGUCGGCGCCGGGUUCCUGGCGGCCUUUCUGGGUCAGCUCUACGCAGACGAUCCACUCCUGGUGUUCCAAUUGCCCGUCGCCAUCUGGGUAAGCGGCGUCGCGGCCUUCUUUGGUCUGCUCAUCGCAUACCUGGUUGUCUGGAUCAUUUUCCGCGUCAGCCACUUCGAGAGCGGCUUCUCCACGGUUGUGGGGGACACAUGUGCUAUCCUCUUGUUCCUGCUUGCCGGCGUCGCCAGCGCCGCGGGCUUGACGAGCGAGAACGUCUUCCGCCUCAAUUGCCGUGAACAGCCCAUGUGGUCCGAUGUCCUUGCCCUCUGCCUCCCGGCCGCCAUCGGUGCAUCCAUCGCCUGGGGUCAGGUCGGCCUCCUCCUCCUCACCUUGGCCUACAUUGUGAUUGCGAUGCGGGACUACCCCGACGGAUGGAAGGAGUCCAUGUACAGUCUGAGCAAUCCCCGGAGAGUUAAGCCUAUAAUCCAUCUUGACAAGACCGACACAAACUCUCCCGCAUCAUCCUUCGGCUCGCCCUACAGCACUAUGGAACGCAGACCUCUCGUCGGCGUCAUACCAGAUUACCCUCCGCGCGGCGCCCCCGGACGCGAUCACACGCAUCGCCCGUCAGACUCCAUCUCCUCUGGUUCUUUCAUCUCUUCCAUGUCUCCCCUGUCACCCGCGUCGCCUCCCUCGCCAAGUGAUAGCUGGCCAUCGCGCUGGGGCACACCGGCUCCUCCGCGGCCUGGCCGACUUCCAGCGGGCGGCAUGUAUGCGGCCUACGCCGAUGCCUUGCCCACAAACUCGUACUGGAUCGAUGAUCAGGCAAUCCGACGACCUCAACCCUCUCUCGAGAUGGACCGUUUGAACUACCGCCCAUCAGAGGAUCUUGAACGCCUGGUCACCCCCUCCUCACCUCCGCGCUCGCGCCUCGCACCGAGAGGACACUGCGCCAAUGUCUCUAAACCCUCCCUCCGCUCUCUGAGCACUCCCUCCUCGCCAGGCCGUCUGGUAAAUCCCCCGCCACUUCCGAUGCUCCCCACACACGCCCAACAUCUUCAGACGCCGCCAUACGAGCCAGGAUUCGGCGGGACGCGGCCGCGCUCCGACUCCGCUUCCUCUCAGUUGUCUCGCAUUGAGGCAGAUUACAAGGCCGCUGCGCUUGAAGCUCGCCCCCUUUCACGAGACUUUGAGACAGUUUCAGUAAAAUCAAACGCCCCAUCCUGGCUGCAGUCGCCCGGCAUCUAUCCGCCGGAGAAAUAUACAUACACGUACGAAAAGCCUCAACCUCUCACACCGCCGCCCCUCACGCCCCCCAUGUCCACGCCAGCGAGGUGCACGACGCCCACGGAGCUUAAGACGCUGAGAGAGUUCUCGCACUACGGAUCAGGACUGCCCCCGCUACCGCCCGCGUGGGGAGUGGACGAGUCCGCUCGGGAGCAGGAACACCAGCGCCAGCUCGAGCGGGCGAGAGAGGCAGAAAUUGUGGCGAGGGCACACCGCAAAAUGAGCCUUGAGGUCGAGAAUGCAGGGCCUUCGCGACAUGGACCAUCGCGUCGCCCGUCUGAAGUGCCUUCGUCGUCUCCACCCAGACGGCCUCAGAGAACAGUUAGCGACUACAGCGAGUUUGGAUAUCCAAGCGAAGCGAGACGUCCUCGUCGGACAUCAAAACUCCCCCCGCCCAUUCUCCCAGGGGAGGCGCUGGCGCUGCCCCUCCCCCGCCCGGAGUGGGAACCCCGAGUCAAGCGACCACCGGGGUUCCAGUUGUAAUCUACACGGACACUUCUACUGGUAUAUAAUGAAAACAAUUGUGCAUACAGCGAGC